AUGACUCAAAUGAAAAUUCUCAUCAGCGGUGCAGGCGUCACUGGCAAUGCUCUCGCCUUUUGGCUGACGAAGCUGGGCCAUAACGUGACCAUCGUGGAGUGCUUUCCCGACCUCCGAGCCUCGGGCCUCCAGAUUGAUCUCCGCGGCCAUGGAGUUGAAGUCAUGAAACGUAUGGGCCUCGAGCAGGCGUUUCGUGAAAAGUCCAUACCGGAACAAGGCAUGCAGAUGGUGGACAAAUCAGGCAGAAUAAGGGCUUAUUUCCCAGCAAAUGACUCUUCCAAUGUCAAGCUGGGCUUCAGCUCUGAUUGGGAAAUAAUGAGAGGGGAUCUGUGUCGAAUCAUGUACGAAAUCACCAAAACUCGAGCAAAGUACGUUUUCGGGGUAUCGAUCGACAGCUUCGAAGAAGAAGAAAACGCCGUUAAGGUCCAGUUCACAGACGGCUCAACAAACCAAUUCGACCUUGUCAUUGGUGCUGAUGGUCAAGGCUCACGAACUCGAAAGCUGAUGCUUGGACCUGAUGCCCAAGACCCAUUUCGUCCGAUAAACGAUACAUAUGUCGGCUAUCUCAUCAUUCCUUGGCCGAUAAAAGAAGGAGAAAAAUACAUCGCGACGGCCUAUAUGGCACCCGGAGGACGAGGCGUCAUGACACGAAGACACAACGACCACGAAAUCCAAGCAUACAUCGGCGCCCGGACGAAUUCAGACCGACUCAAAGCCUCUUUGAGAGGUGAUAACAAUGAACGGAAGGAGGCUCUGAGAGAAAUGCUCCAGGGUGCAGGGUGGCAGACAGAUGAGAUCUUGGAAUCGCUCAAGACCGCCGACAACUUCUACUGUGAGCGCAUCGGCCAGGUCAGGUUGGACCACUGGUCUCGCGGGCGGGUUGUUCUUGUCGGAGAUGCCGCUUACUGCCCAUCUGCGAUGACCGGAAUGGGGACCACUUCUGGUAUUGUCGGUGCUUAUAUCUUGGCUGGUGAAAUCGGUAGACACUGUAGUUCUGCUGGUGUGGACGUUGCAGUGACCGGUGCCCCGGAUUCUCUUCUGGCUGCUCUGGAGGCUUAUGAACAGAAGUUCCAUCCUUUCAUCACCCAGGUCCAGCAGGGAGUGUCACUUGACGGGGGUCGUUGGGAUGGGCUUUUAUCCACGGCGUUUGGUAUUGCUGUCAUGAACUAUCUGUUGGGAAUUGCUUCCUUUUUCAGAUUGGAUCGCCUUAGCAGGUUCACUUCCGACCCUGCUAAGGGCUGGGAGCUCCCUGAAUAUGAAGAAUUGUAUCGGAAUUAG